AUGGAUCCAUCCACCUCGGACCCAUCUACCAUGGACCUUCAAUCUUUGCCAUCCAUCGAGUCCCUCCAUCAAGGUUCGGGUAUGGUCACCCUUCAUUGUGAUCAAUGUCCAUCGUGUCCACAUCCAUCAUGGACCUCCCACCUUGAUCUCAUCUACUAUGGACCUAUCACAAAUGUCUUGCCUAUGCAUCAGGACCUUCCACGACAGACCUUCCACCAAGGACCUUUCAUCAUGGUCACCUUUCACUAUGACCAAUGUCCAUGGCCACCUCCACCUUGGUCGUCCACCUUGUCCUCCACCAUGGUCACCUUCCACUAUGACCACUGUCCAUGA